CCCACGUAUGAGUUUGAGUAUGCUUACAGCUUACAGCUUACACAUUCUUCUGUCUUGUAUUUUUAUAUCCACCACUUGACUUUUAGUUGCCCCUGUCCCGAUACGAGUAGUCACAUUUGACGUUUGCUCUUGGACCUGAUCACUCAACCACAUAAACAGCAUAACUACCCUAUUAAAUAUUUUCCUACUCAUUUAUUGAAAAUUAAUUCGAUUUAUUAAAAGUUAUCCUUAUUAGUAUCAGUGUCAGUGUCAUUAUUCGAUUAAAAGUUUAUAAAAGUAUCCGUGUGUUAAAAAUAAAUAAAUAAAAAAAAAGUGUUUUUAGCAAUAACUAUAUUAAUUGAAAUAAUAAACGCGAUGCAAUAAAAUGAUGCCAUCUCUCAUACCGUUCAGUGUUCGUGAUAUCUUGAAUGAAAAUCAUAUCGAUACGAUGGAUUCGUACAAUUCCCAUGGCCAGACAUCCCACAAUUAUAAUUUGUCACAGGAUUAUUAUGGAUACAAUUCAACACCGGACAAUCAUUGGGAUAUGAUUGAUAAGUACAAAGAGCAAUUGCCCUCCUCCAAUCACCAAAUAAAUAAUCAAAACUAUUCCGACUUGAGCGGGAUGCAGCAGCAACAACCCUUGGGACAUAUUCAAACUUCUUAUCAAGAAAAUACUCACGUUGAAGAUGGAAAUAUCGUGACGUCUAGUAAAACAGAGUUGAGGAAAAAUCAGUCUGGAAAAAGAACCAAAAGAAAACCCCGGGUUUUAUUUUCUCAAGCUCAAGUUUAUGAAUUAGAGCAGCGUUUUAAACAGCAACGUUAUCUGAGUGCCCCAGAACGCGAAGUUUUGGCGUCAACAUUGAAGCUCACGAGUACUCAAGUCAAAAUUUGGUUCCAAAAUCGCCGGUACAAGAACAAACGAGCCCGGAUCGAAGACGCCGAAAAACACGUACAAUCUCAUAACAUAAAAAAUCAAGCAUCGGUUAAAAAAAUAAACGUUCCUGUGUUGAUAAAGGAUGGAAAAUUGAACACUCGUGAUUCUGGAGGGGUAAAUUACUGGAGCAGUGGAUUCAGGCCUGAUCACAUAAGUUCCCAAGAUAUUCAACCCGAUUUUGGUCACGUUAGAUUGAGCCCUGACUAUAGGCUAAAUGACGUACGACAAGACUCGACGAGUAUCUCCACUGAAUUUAGAAAUAAUUUUAGCCCCAAUCAAGAUAUUAAUCGGCACAGUUUUUCCUCAUCAAUCGAUUAUAGAGCCAAUAAUUUUGGCUCUUCGGGAAUGAAAAGCAUUAAGACUGAAUACAAAGACUUUAACGAUAUUUCUUCUAAUUUUACAGAGUUUAAGCCUGUUUCAUCUGAUAAUAAUAAAUCAGGCUCGAUAUUUAAUAAUGAAAAUCGUUCUAUUAUGGAUAUAUCGGGGAAUGACUUUGGAUUUUCAAACUAUACUAAUCCCUCUAAUUAUCAAAUGAGUUACGUUAAUUAUAUGGAACAAUUACCUAUGGAUCAAAGUAUUCAGCGGCUUUGGUAAUUAAUAAAUUUAUAGUUAUAUAAGAGUAUAUACCAAAAC